CUUCCAUUUUUUUUUUUUUGGAAGUCUAUGUGUAAUUUGUACGAGGCAACUGUCUAUCUUGACGCCCAGCGGUCCAGUAGCCCAGCAGUGCACCCCGCAAGUGAGGAAACACGCUCAGUCCUCUGCGUCAGACAUGCCUGCGCUUAACCCCGGAUGAUCCUUGCUGCCCUGUGCUUCCUUUCUUCAGUGCGUGUGUGGGCAAGUGGAUCUCGAGGUCCCCCGAGCAGCGAGUCGUCAUGUGACAGCCAAAGCUGGCUCCCCUAUUCCCUUUUUCGCCUUUCCAAGCUGUCAGCCAGCUAUUGCGACCUUCAGCCCUUCCUUAUCCUCUUUCCUCAUCAUUCCUAUCCCUCUCCUGUCCUACAGCACCUUUUCUGUCACUCGCCUUCACUUCUGCUCUUUGUAUCGCAGAUCGCGUUCUCUUUUCCCCGGACACGAAUGCAAGCAGUCUCACUCUCUCAACAGAUCGCAGCGGUCGUUGUCGAAUCGGCUUCGUACAUUAGCGCGCUCCCAUUCCCGCUUGGCGUAGCUGCAAGCCGAUCGCAUCACCACGUCCGCAAUGCAACGUCAGCUGUCAAGGCUGCAGCACCCAGAAAUGCCGCAUCGAUUGGGCAUAGCCAGAUCAAUUAAGGCAACUCGGCGGACGUCAUCCCACCUCAUCAACCUCUGUUCCUGCCAUUUCCCCUCCUGUUGCCUCAAGAGGUGCCUCAAGGGUAUGGCUUCAAGGUGGACAUACUUCAGAUUUGCACUUUUUGC